UCUAGAAAGAAAAGAAAAAAGAAAACAGCAAUCUUUGCAGUUGAUUUGAUUGCAGUUUCAUUAUGUGGGAAUUGGUUGUUGUUGUGGAUGAUAUGGGAUUGAGCUAUGCUCAUUUGCUUCAUGCAAACCUCUCCUCUCAUCAAGAACUGGAGAUUUAACUCCUUCUGAUUGAAAAAAAAAAAUUGAAGCCACAAACACAAAAUCUCAGGAUGAACAGAGUUUGCUCCCCUUAUUUUGAUCCUGAUUUUCACAACCUUCCAGAGAGGAUUCAUGGGCCAACGUAAUUAAGUUUCUCGAUCUUCAAAUUUUGUCACUACUAUAUUUAUAUACUUCCUCCGUCCACGAAUAAUGUCCCGUUUUACCAUUUCGGGAUGUCCAUGAUUCAAGGUCUCAUUUACUCUUUUCCAUUUUGGAUAAGUGGACCUCACAAUCUGUUAAAUCAUUACACUCCAAUUUAUUACAAAACGAGUCAAAGUAUGACUUCAAAUAGUAGGUGGAGGGAGUAUAUAUGUGUGUGUGUGUGUGUGUUUAAAGAAGUGGAUUUGUGUUUGCUGGUUACAGUUUGAGAGUGAAUGUGGACAAUGAAAGCUUAGAAGAUUGCACAAUUGUUAAGGUUAGUUUAGUGCAGUUGCAAUUUUUAUGAAGAGAAAGAAAGAAUUUGGUUAUGGAUGGGAUGGAAAUGGACAGAUUGACUGUGUGAACACAAGCAAAGCCUCUUGUUGGAUGUGGUGCAAGCUCUAACUGAUUUUGAACCUCACCAUAUCUAAAGGCUACAUCUCUUGUGAUGCUGGCUGUUUCUUGGAUGGUAUGUAUGUAUGCAUCCUUCUCUCUUUGUGAAAGUGAGAGAGGGUGUUUUGAUCUUGUUUUGUGCUGUUUUUCAUGUGAAAAAUGAACUGGGCUUCAAGGUUACAGAUCAAAGAGUGAUCAACUACAUCCAGCAGGCUGUGAGCGCGGGGAAAGCCUCUAGCCCAAAGACAGUCAGCCGCGGGGAGGCUCAGGCGAUAGAGAUGACAGGUAAGAACCGGCCAGGGCUGUUCUCUGAGAUCUCAGCAGCACUGGCUGACAUGGGGUGCAACAUCGUUGAGGCACACGCGUGGAGCCACAACGCUCUCCUGGCUUGCAUCGCCUACAUUUCCGAUCAGUCUGUGGACACCCCCAUCGAUGACCACAGGCUCCACGCCAUCGAGGACCACCUGACCACAGUCCUCCGCGCCACCACUGCCACGGAGGAGGAUAGUGCUGCCAGCCACCAGGAGGUGAAGCCCGCGGCCGGGCUCCCCAAGGGGAAGCUGAGCAGCACCACCAGAGUGGAGCGGCGCCUCCACCAGCUCAUGCUCUCCGUGCGCGACUUUGACAGCCCAACGAGCUCCAGGAGGACGAGUGUGUCCAUUGAGAGGUGCAUUGAGAAGGGCUACUCAAUUGUCACCAUCCAAUGCAAGGACAGGAGAAGGCUAAUGUUUGACACUGUCUGCACACUUAUUGAUAUGCAAUAUGUCAUCUUUCAUGCCUCAGUAGAUGCUUGCAGAGGCUUAAGGCUUUGCAUACCAAGUAUACAUAAACAUGCCUUUCCUUUUCUCAUUUAUACACAUUUCAAAUCCUUGACAAGAAACGCCCCGCAGGAGUACUUUGUGAGACACGCGGAUGGGCGAGCAUUCAACACGGAGAGUGAGAAAGACAGAGUCAUAAAAUGCUUAGAGGCCGCGAUAGAACGAAGGGUCUGUGAGGUAUGGCUUGAACUUCAACUGUUCAAAUGCCAAACCUUUCUGUGUCAUUAACUCCUCCCCCCACUGCCCCAAGGCCCCACCUUGCAUUCUUUGCUGGAGGCCUCCAUGGUCCGGUUAGGCCGGUCCUCCUCCACCACUGGAAGGGCAGGGACCCUGACCUCCACAUCUAUGAGUACCUCCCUAAAAAUCUAAACUAUUAUGACUACAUGCUGAAAUCAAAGUUCUGCUUAUGCCCCAGUGGCUAUGAAGUGGCUAGCCCCAGAAUAGUCGAGGCCAUCUACGCGGAUUGCAUCCCUGUAAUCUUAUCAGACCACUAUAUCCUCCCAUUUAGUGAUGUUUUGAGGUGGGAGGCUGAGGGAUGAAUCCCUCGGAUGAGUUUGCAUUGCACAGGAAGCGGAUGGAUGUGCUGUAGAGGCGUGCGUUUCCUUCUGAUGCGCGAGGUCCCUGCAGGAUAGAUACCAUGUUCAAACAAACAAACAACAGAUUGUGUAUGAUCAAGGACUUUGAACUAGGUGGUGAUGAUCAGUGCUCACCCAGUCAUGGCAAGAGAGCAUGAAAUGGUCAGCUCCUUGAGUUCUGUUCCAGAAGGGGUGUUUGGUGGAGAUGAGUUUGACGUAAUCGGAGACGAAUUCUAGGAGCGGGGUGAGGUUGUAGGUGUUGGGGCUGUAGAGAUACUUCACCAUCCAUGUCACACUGAAUGGCAUGAAGUAGAGAUGAGCUUGUUCAGGUCUGCUUGUCUUGAAUCUAUGGCUUCCAUGCUCCAUCUCAUGGAUGAAUCUCCCUUCACUGGUGUAGAUGUCUUUGCAUGGGCCAUCAUGCACUAUUGGAAGCUCUCCCUCUUCGUAUACAUACACCUUCAGUCUUCUCUCCAUCUCCUUGUAACUCCUGCAACCAUGAUUCAUCUUUAAUUAAUCUUUGAUUAGCUAAUUAUAGUUAAUUAAGGAA